UGCAUGGUGGCCUCAGUCUAACGGCGAAUCUAACUUGGAUUGUGCUCGUUAAGCGAAUAAGGAAGUAACGAUGAGGUUGUUUCUUUCAUUGAGCGUUCUCGCCCUGGUGGGCUUUUCAUUAGCUGAGAAACGUUGCGCACUAUCACCAACCACAGCAAGCGGAUCAGCAGUUCAAGGCAAUGUCUUUUGCUCAGGAGAUUUGAUUUUCGAGGAUAAUUUUGAUUGGUUAGAUCAAGGCAAAUGGCAACAUGAAGUUACUUUGGGAGGUGGUGGCAACUGGGAAUUCCAAUGGUAUGUAAACGACCGCAGGAACUCAUACGUCCAGGAUGGUGUGCUCCACAUCAAACCCACCUUAACCUCUGACAUCUAUGGAGAAGGUUUCUUGACCUCCGGCACUCUUAACCUUGGCGCUGAAUGUACCAAUGGUGAAUGGUUUGGUUGCGAACGUACCGGCUCAUACGAGCACAUUCUCAACCCCAUCCGUAGUGCCCGUAUGCGUACCUUGAACUCAUUCAGCUUCAAAUACGGACGUAUUGAAAUCCGUGCUAAAUUGCCUGCUGGAGAUUGGUUGUGGCCAGCUAUUUGGAUGCUUCCCACCCACAAUGUUUACGGAAUAUGGCCAAGAUCUGGUGAAGUUGAUAUCAUGGAAUCACGUGGUAAUCGCAACUUGGUCUCCAGUGCUGGUGUUCCAAUUGGCCCAGAACAAGUUGGUGCCACCAUGCAUUUUGGACCAGACUAUACUGCCAACGGAUGGCCAACCGCUCAUUUCGAAAGGAACUCAGGUGCAGGACAAGGCUUCAAUAAUGAUUUCCACCGUUAUCAAGUGGAAUGGGCUCCAGACCACUUCACUUUCAAGGUUGAUGAUGUUGAAUUGGGAACUGUUUGGGUUGGUAGUGGUUUCUGGGAUCGUGGUGGUUUCUCCCAAAAUACUCCAUGGUUCGAAAAUCCAUGGAAGAACGGUGCCAAUGAUGCUCCAUUUGAUCAACAAUUCCAUAUCAUCAUGAACUUGGCCGUUGGAGGUAUCAACUUCUUCCCUGAUGAUGCCCAUAAUCCAACCAGCAAACCAUGGCACAACGAAUCACCAAAUGCUAUGACUCAAUUCUGGAAUGGUCGCUACAACUGGUUGAGCACCUGGAACUACAAUACUGGCAAUACCGAUUCUCACCUACAAGUUGAUUAUGUCCGUGUUUGGGCCCUCUAAACACUAACUUAGAAUAACUGGAAAAUAAACGGAAUUCGUGAAAAAA